ACCGAGGGAACUUGGCCUUCUGGCCGCUGCGAUUUAUCAUGGCGAUCUUGUCGAGGGGCAUUCAUCGCACCUACGAAGUUGGGAGAACUCUGGGAAAAGGGUCGUUUGCUACAGUGAAGGAAGGAAGACAUAGAGACAAGGGCACACUCGUCGCUAUCAAGAUUGUCGACAAAUGGAUGAAUUCUUUCCAUCAAUCAUCUCUGGAGCAGGAGAUCCAGACUAUGAUGAAGGUUUCGCACCCUAACUGCCUCCGUCUGCACGAGGUGUACGACCAAUGCGAGAAGACCUACCUGAUUCUUGAUCUGGCAACCGGAGGAACCGUCAUGGAUCGCAUCAUUGCCCUGGACUUCUUCUCAGAGAAGCAGGCCGCAAAAGUGACAAGAGAUGUCCUGAACGCGGUGGAAUACCUGCACAACAUCGGUAUCACACACAGAGACCUGAAGCCAGAAAACCUACUCUAUGCGUCCAACGAUCCAGAAUCCAAGUACUAUGAUACAGUCAAGGUUGCUGACUUUGGACUCUCGAAAUAUAUGGGUGAGAACGUUUCGAUGAAGACUACCUGUGGCACCCCGAAUUACAUGGCGCCUGAAGUGUUGAAUAGUGAUGGUUUCGAUGGUUAUGGCCCUGAGGUGGACAUCUGGUCAGUUGGAGUCAUCAUCUACACUAUGUUGUGUGGCUUCCAGCCUUUUUUCGAGUUCUCAACAGCUGCAUUGUUCCAACAGAUUAUGAAGGCUGAGUAUUCAUUCUUAUCUCCUUAUUGGGACCAAGUAUCGAAAGAAGCGAAAGACCUCAUUUCCAAGAUGUUGGUUGUUGAUCGAUCAAAGAGACUUACAGCAAUGCAGUGCUUGAAUCACAUUUGGUUCGAUCAGGCGUACUCAAAUGACUCGGUUGUGAGCACCUUGCAUGGAUCAUUGCACACAUUUUUGCUCGUUAGGAAACUUCCCAUCUUUGACAACAUCGACCCCAAGCUUCAGCAAGAAGUGAUCAACAUGUUAAAGCCAAAGCAAGUUCCUUGGGGGGAGAAAGUCAUCCAAUCAGGAGAAGUUGCAGACUGUAUGUACUUCAUACAAAGUGGAUCAGUAUCUGUGAUGGUAGAUGGGAAUGAAAUCGACCGUUUGGGUGCAGGCGACUUUUUUGGGGAAGUAGCUUUGACUGUCUCAGAACUUCGUACUGCCGACGUCAUCUCGCUUGGAGCACAGUCAGGGACUCGCACAAACGUGGCGUCAAGCACAAGGAACCCUACCGAGCUUCUCCAAUUCAUGAGAUCCGAUUUCGAACAAAUCUUGGCUAAGUUCCCCGUACUCCAGACAAGGAUGCUUGAAGUCAGCCAGAAACGUGUUCGUCGAGCCAUCUCUUCGCGCAGGCCGUCAGAAUCCCUAAGUCCAUCAAACCACAAUCCAUCAAGGACUGCGUCAUCAGAGUCUGAGCAUGUCUUCUCCGGCUCUUCCGAUUGCUCGCCAGUGCUCUCUCCUGUUUCUGUUAGUCCCGUAUCCGCACCUGACCUCGAACUGGAAGCCAUCAAAUUCAAGAAAGGAAAGAGCAAGGUUUGGAAGAAAACCAAAGGAUGCAUCCAGCAAUGAAGACAGUUCUUCUUUAUAUUUUUUUCUUAAGCUUUCUGCUUGUACAUAAUCUAUUAACAUUCUAGUGAAUGAACAUGAGUGAAUGGGUG